AAAUUGCUUAAAUUAGUGGGGGAGUUUUCCCCUUAGAGAUGCAUACAUAGUCGUAGAUAAUCCUGCCUCGACGCCAGGGUGGGAGUCGUCCAGACGAGGUGGAGGCAACUCUAAGCCCCCCUGGGAGAGACGUCACCAGGCUGGGACGCACCAUCGAGCAGUCUCCGCGAACGCGCGCCCACACUCCGCUGCCGAGGACGCCAGAUCGCUUUUCUUCUCGCCUUUCCCCUCCCUAAACGCGAGAUGCUUGGCCAAAUGCAAUUAAAUGGAGCAAAGCUGAACGAGUGCGAGGAAGCGUACACCUGCUCCUGCAUUCAAGUGGGAUAAAACAAGUGGGAAGGUCAUUGAAAGUGAAGGAAAGGAAGGAGGGAGGCUGCGUGGAGCCCGAGCUGGAGCGGAGCAUGCUUAUGGAGGAAGAGGGCACCGCGAACUGGCAACAUCUGUAACUUCUCUCUGGGAGAUUUUUUUUUUUUUUUUUUUUUUUUUUGCACGCGCGAGAGUGCGCGACAUUUUGCGAAUAAACAUGCCGGUGAGAAGAGGACACGUCGCUCCACAAAACACAUUUCUCGGGAUUAUUAUCCGGAAAUUCGAGGGUCAGAACCGUAAAUUUGUGAUAGCCAACGCCAGGGUGGAAAACUGUGCGAUCAUAUACUGCAACGACGGCUUCUGCGAGAUGACGGGCUUCUCCAGGCCGGACAUCAUGCAGAAGCCGUGCACCUGCGACUUCCUCCACGGCGACCAAACGGAUAAGGAGGCCAUCGGCCAGGUGGCCCUGGCUCUGGGGGGCUCCGAGGAGCGCAAGGUGGAGAUCACCUACUACCGCAAGGACGGGUCAGACUUCCAGUGUAACAUUCACAUUAUCCCGGUGAAGAAUGAGGAGGGCGUGGUGAUGAUGUUCAUCCUGAAUUUUGAUUACGUUUUGGAUGAGGGGAGUGACAACUCCGCAGAGAAGAUAAGCCCCGCAUCACCUACAAAGUCUGAUCAAAGGAGCAGAUUUGUCCGCUUCCGCCAGGCUGCCUUGAGCCUAAUGAAUACCAACAAGCAAUCUCUUCCACAAGAGGACCCAGAUGCUGUGAUGGUGGACUCACCCAAAGACAAUGAGGACUCGGUAGCCAUGCAGAGUUUCCCCUCACCCACAAAGAGCAUUUGCAGUCCCAUUGAGGCCAAUGACACCCAUGCCCUCAUCAGCUCCAGCCACCACUCCUCCCAGGCCAGCAUAGCUCCUGAACCGCUCGACCAUUCAUCCCCCAAACUCCUGUGGGAAAAGCUGUACCAGACGGAGGUGCACCAGUCCUCUACCUCCCUGUCCAAUACCUUUCCUAGAGGAAGCGUCACGAGCAUGAGGCGGGCGUCAUCUGUUCAUGAGAUUGAAGGCUACAGUUCCAGUUCCAAAAGCAUAUUCAGGGACCGCCAUACAAAUGAAGGUCCAUUUAAUCACGUGAAGUCCAGCCUGCUCGGCUCCACGUCGGAUUCCAACAUAAACAAGUACAGCACCAUCAACAAAAUGCCUCUGAUAGCCCUAACCUUUUCGGAAGGUAAUGACAAGAAGACUCACUCCCCUCCAACAUCAGAGAAAACCAUCCUUGCGCCAAAGGUCAAAGACAGGACGCACAACGUGACAGAAAAAGUGACACAGGUCUUGUCACUGGGCGCUGAUGUUCUGCCAGAGUACAAGCUGCAGACGAACCGCAUCGACAAGUUCACCAUUCUUCAUUACAGCCCGUUCAAAGCUGUGUGGGACUGGCUGAUCUUGCUGCUGGUCAUCUACACAGCCAUCCUCACGCCUUACUCUGCCGCCUUUCUCCUCAACGACCAAGAGGAGCAGAGGAGGCGUGAAUGCGGAUACUCGUGCAGCCCUCUUAAUGUGGUGGAUCUCAUCGUGGACAUCAUGUUCAUCAUUGACAUCCUCAUCAACUUCAGGACCACGUACGUGAACCAGAACGAGGAGGUGGUCAGUCAUGCAGCCAAGAUAGCGAUCCAUUACUUUAAAGGCUGGUUCCUAAUAGACAUGGUGGCAGCCAUUCCCUUUGACCUGCUUAUCUUCGGCUCAGGAUCAGAUGAGACGACCACUCUGAUUGGCCUGUUGAAGACAGCGAGGCUCCUUCGUCUGGUACGAGUAGCCAGGAAGCUGGACCGCUACUCUGAGUACGGCGCCGCCGUAUUGAUGCUUUUAAUGUGCAUCUUUGCCCUCAUCGCUCACUGGCUCGCCUGUAUAUGGUACGCCAUUGGUAAUGUGGAAAAGCCUUACUUGGAGCACAAAAUUGGCUGGCUUGACAACCUGGGAGUGUCCAUCGGGAAGAAAUACAACUACAGUGAUCCUAACUCUGGUCCCUCCAUCAAGGACAAGUAUGUCACUGCACUUUACUUCACCUUCAGCAGUCUAACCAGCGUGGGAUUUGGCAAUGUUUCGCCAAACACAAACUCGGAGAAGAUCUUUUCUAUUUGUGUCAUGCUGAUCGGAUCCCUCAUGUAUGCCAGCAUCUUUGGGAACGUCUCAGCCAUCAUCCAAAGGUUGUACUCGGGUACGGCGCGCUACCACGCGCAAAUGUUACGGGUCAAAGAGUUCAUCCGUUUUCAUCAGAUACCCAAUCCACUGAGGCAGAGGCUGGAGGAGUACUUCCAGCACUCCUGGGCCUACACCAACGGCAUUGACAUGAACACGGUGCUCAAAGGUUUCCCGGAGUGCCUGCAGGCAGAUAUCUGCCUUCACCUCAAUAAUAAUCUUCUUCACAACUGCAAAGUGUUCCAAGGAGCCACCAAAGGCUGCCUGAGGGCCUUGGCUAUGCACUUCAAGACCACUCACGCCCCUCCUGGAGACACUCUGGUCCACAGUGGGGACGUACUCACUGCCCUCUACUUCAUGUCCCGCGGGUCUAUUGAGAUCCUGAAAGAUGACAUUGUGGUCGCCAUCCUGGGGAAAAAUGACAUCUUUGGUGAAAUGAUCCAUCUCUUUGCCAAACCUGGGAAGUCCAACGCUGACGUGCGGGCUCUGAGUUACUGCGACCUGAGUACCAUCCAGCGGGAGGAUCUUCUGGAGGUGUUGGACAUGUAUCCAGAGUUUGCCGACUACUUCUUUGCCAACCUGGAGCUGACCUUCAAUCUCAGAGAUGAGUCUGUGAAGCCUCCCAGUCCCGAGGGCUGUGACUCAGACGGUGAGGGAACCAGGAGUAUUAAAAGAAGGAUUUCAUUCACACCAGAGCCACCCAAAGUGGAAAACAAUGACGUCAGUACAGAAUUGGAAAGGGGAAGGGAGUCAAACCUAUGCCUAAAGAGUAGUUCCGAAGUCCGGGGUCCCUCGACACCCAGCAGCCCCGUUCUGGACUCUAAUCUUCUCGGACACAACGAGGUCACAAACGGCUUGAGGAGAAGUCCAUCUUUUCAAGAUCUGUGCUGUGAUAAAUGGGUCUGCAAGAAGUCCAGAGACUACCUGGAUGAGUCAGCACAGUUCCAGGAGCUGAGAGAUGAUAAUUCGGCCAGCGAUCUUACCUACGGCGAGGUGGAACAGCGCUUAAAUCAGCUGCAAGAGCAUUUAAACAGGUUGGAGUCUCAGCUAAUGUCCGACAUUCAAACCAUCCUGCAGCUGCUGCAGAGACAGCCCACGUUGGGUCCUCCAGCUUACAGCACUGUGACCGCUAGUCCAGACUAUCACGGAUCUGCUGUGAAAAUUCAAACUGCUGCGUUGACAGCGGGCCAUUUUUUCAGCCAUACACAAAGUCAAGGUCCUAACUACAAAGUCAAGAGGGCCUUUCAGGAAUCCAAAGACUCUGUGCCGAGCUUGGCCAGCCUGAAGGUGCCGGUCGAGGAUAACCUUUCAACAUUGCUUUUACAAAGACAAACAGAAACACAAAAACAACAGCAGCAGCAACAAGAGAUUAGCAGGGAUCAACAGUCAACAUUGAUCCUGAUUCCAACAUCCUCCUCCUCGUCCCCCACUUCUGACUGCAACCUCAACGCCACUGGACUCCAAAGACCUGUCUCAGACCCAGAGCUACCAAGGCCGUAAACCUUUCAGCAUUUGUGUUCUAACCUCUGGGUUGUAAUGCUGCAAUUACAUGCUAGUCACUUUUUAUCAGCAUGCUGCAACAGACAAAUAUAUAUUCUUGAUUUGCAGUUGCUUGGUAGUAUAUUUAAUGUGUUUCUUUUCAUGCAUUUGGAUAGAAUACUGUUCUUUGCGGUACAACAGUACCACGGUCCUCUACAAAUAUUUCCAAUGUCAAUGCACUUGGAGAGCGCAAACCACCACCAAGGCCACUAUAGACCACCAGUAGCCAUUCUGUUAUAUGCAAAACCUCACACAUACAGUACUGUAUGUAUGGACAUAUUUAAAAUAAGUAUUAGAAAUAGGCCUGUGAUUUCACCAUAAUGGUCCAUGCUUGAUAAAUGGAAAAACUAGUAGGAUAGGACUGAAAUGUGAUAAUUAAAGAGUACAUAUUCACCAGCAGUCACUCUAAGCUGUUCUCAUGAGAAUUUAGUAGGAUUUUGUACAAAAAAAAAAGAAGAAUGCACUGUAAUUGGUUUAAAAUGACCUCUUUUUUGAGGCACUUUUUUUCUAGAAAUGAAUGUUAUGAAAAUAUUAUUGCCUAACUGAUUUGAAAUGACCAGAAAUAUGGAAAUGAGCAAAUUAUGUGUUUUUAGUGCAAUAUGUCUCCCAUCGGCACGGUGGCCGACUGGUUAGAGCGUCAGCCUCACAGUUCUGAGGACCCGGGUUCAAUCCCCGGCCCCGCCUGUGUGGAGUUUGCAUGUUCUCCCCGUGCCUGCGUGGGUUUUCUCCGGGCACUCCGGUUUCCUCCCACAUCCCAAAAACAUGCAUUAAUUGGAGACUCUAAAUUGCCCGUAGGCAUGACUGUGAGUGCGAAUGGUUGUUUGUUUCGAUGUGCCCUGCGAUUGGCUGGCAACCAGUUCAGGGUGUACCCCGCCUCCUGCCCGAUGACAGCUGGGAUAGGCUCCAGCACGCCCGCGAGCCUAGUGAGGAGAAGCGGCUCAGAAAAUGGAUGGAUGGAUGGAUGGAUGUCUCCCAUCUUCUAGGAAGUGGGAUAUAAUAUAGUGGAUAUGCAGUCUUACACACCCGUGUGCAAAUGCCAGGUUUUUGUCAUAUGAAAGAUGAAACCAAGAUCUCAAAACUUUUUCCAAAUUUAAUGUGACCUCUACCCUGUACAACUAAAUUUAAUAUUUUCGAAAGGUGAAGAAAAAAUGAACAACUGAAUUAAUUAAGUGUACACACCCUCUUGUAACAGAGAUGUGGCUGUGUUGAGAAUUACACACACAAUCACAAUCACGUUCAGACUCAUUAAAUGGACUAAAUCUCCUAAAAAUGUGGGAAAAUGUGUUAUGAUCCGAUUGAACCAAGGUAGGUCAACCUUGGUCUUUUUUUUUUUGUCCCUAAUUCCAAAAGGGAGGUUUGGCGCAAAAACAACAUUGCUCAGCACCAAAAGGACACCAUACCUACAAUGAAGCACGAUGGUGGCAACGUUAGGCUUUUGGGCUGUUUAUAGACAAGGUGGAAGGAAUGAUGAACCAUUCCAAAUUGCGGUCAGUGUUACCCCUGGAAAAAAAUAAAUGAAUAAAUAAAAAAUAAUUCUGAACACAGCCGAAUUAUGAGGGUGUGGGCACUUUUGCAAUCACAUUAUUAAGUUGUUUAUUUUUACAGUCCCUCUUGAAAAGAUUUUUAAAAUUUCAAUUUUUAUAAUAAUUAUUUACUAUACCUUUUUUAUUCCACAAAAAAACUGGCAUUUGAACAAGUGUGUGUUGACUUUUAUAUCCAGUGUAUUGUGUAUAAGAAUUAAUAAGAUGAUAUUAUUUCAAAGAGUCUAUUCCUUAAUAGGUUUAAACAAUGACCCUUGUGUUCUGCACAACGGUCCUGUUCAAACUUAACAGUUUCAUUUUUUUCCCAUUUCCCACUAAACUCUCACUUUUUAGUGGCAAAGCAGAUGGAGAGAUGGAUCUGAGCUUAACAAUAUGUUGUUUACGCAGGCACAUGAUAAGCGAAUGAAAUCCAACUCUCCUGCGGGUCCAGGAUUCAAAACACUUUCUUUCUUCACAUAUAAGCAUAUAAUACAAGAACCAAACCUUUGCAUGCUGUACUACGAGUCACAAAGACAGAAAAAAAAUAAGUGGUUCAUUUUGGUUCAGAUUUAUUUGGAUGACACUAAACCAGAACUAGUGGGUGAAAAAAUUCCCCACGUUUGAGCCCAUCCAAGUAUUUUUGCACGUAUUAGUGUACUACAGCAUUCACACUGAGGUACGAGAACUGUUUCUGAAUCCUUGGCUGUAUGCCUGUCUUCUCUGAAGUGUGACUCAGGGGUUAUGGACAAUUGCACUGCAGUUUACAGUAUCCAGAAUACUGUAAAACUCCUCUUUAUACAAUGUGCAUUAUUACUUAGGUCACAGGUGUGCACCUACUGUACAUAACACUAUCAUUUGUAGACAAAAGCAUGUUUUUUUUUUUUUUUUUUAAUCUGUAUAGACAUUGUUUUUGCACCACUUGCUAGCCCGAAAUAGCUUUUAUUAUAAUGAUGUCAGCAUACUUGUCUUUUACCACAUAGAAAGUUAGUGUUUGCACAUGGACAGCCCAUAAAUAGGGUCUUGUGCCUAUACCGUGAAUACAAAUGCUAUGUCAGAAUAUUUUUAACAUAUCAACAAGUCAUUUCAUUUCCCAGCACAAUUUUGGUGGCAUUGUAUAUUGAAACAUUGCUAGAAACUAAAAAUGAAAUUCAUCAUAUUACCAAAUGUUUAAAAAAAUAUAUAUUAUUUUUUUACUUUUUAAUUAUUUUAGAAAGUUAGAAGAUGCUUGUUUUGAAACUGUGGGAUCGGCAAUAAAAGGAGAAAUUAAAA